CGCCAUUUGCAAGUGUUGGGAAUGGUAUCCUCUCGGAAUUGAUCAAUAUUAUCUAUCACAGGGAACAGUCCUGUUAUUACGAGCUAUCCACUGAAACAAGAAGUGCUAUACAUCAUCAGAAUGCCUCGUGAAAUAAUAACUCUUCAACUGGGACAAUGCGGCAACCAGAUUGGUAUGGAAUUCUGGAAGCAGCUUUGUGCUGAGCAUGGAAUCAGUCCGGAAGGAAUUUUAGAAGAUUUUGCCACUGAUGGUACUGACCGGAAGGAUGUCUUCUUUUAUCAGGCUGAUGAUGAACACUACAUCCCAAGAGCUGUACUAUUGGACUUAGAGCCCCGUGUUAUCCACGGCAUAUUAAAUUCCCCAUACGCUAACCUUUACAAUCCAGAAAAUAUCUAUCUUUCAAAAAAUGGAGGUGGUGCUGGUAAUAACUGGGCUACUGGAUACUCACAGGGCGAGACCCUCUAUGAGGAGAUGUUUGAUAUUAUUGACAGAGAGGCUGAUGGUAGUGAUAGCUUAGAAGGUUUUGUGCUAUGUCAUUCUAUUGCUGGUGGUACUGGUUCUGGUAUGGGAUCAUAUCUACUGGAACGUCUAAAUGACAGAUUCCCAAAGAAGUUGAUCCAAACAUAUUCCGUAUUUCCAAACCAGGAUGAAAUUAGUGAUGUCGUCGUUCAACCUUAUAACUCGCUGUUGACCUUGAAGAGAUUGACUCAGAAUGCUGAUUGUGUGGUAGUUUUGGACAACACAGCACUCAAUCGGAUAGCAACUGAAAGAAUGCAUGCACAGAAUCCAGAUUUUUCACAAAUCAACCAAAUGGUCUCCACCAUUAUGUCUGUGAGCACAGCAACGUUGAGAUAUCCAGGUUAUAUGAAUAAUGAUUUGAUUGGCUUGAUAGCUUCUUUAAUUCCAACACCAAGAUUACAUUUCCUUAUGACUGGAUACACACCACUUGUCACUGAUCAGAAGGUAACCACAAUACGAAAAACAACAGUACUUGAUGUUAUGAGGAGAUUGCUACAACCUAAGAAUACUAUGGUGUCAACUAGAGAUAGACAAAGAAGUUUACAAGCCAACCAUUGCUAUAUAUCUAUACUUAAUAUUAUCCAGGGCGAAGUGGAUCCAACCCAGGUUCAUAAAAGUCUACAGAGAAUAAGAGAAAGGAAGCUGGCAAAUUUUAUUCCAUGGGGACCUGCUAGUAUUCAGGUUGCAUUGUCAAGGAAAUCACCCUAUGUACAGACUUCACAUAGAGUCAGUGGGCUAAUGUUGGCAAACCAUACAAGUAUAUCUUCUUUAUUUGAUAGGACUUGCAAACAAUAUGACAAGCUGCGGAAACGCGAGGCUUUCUUGGAUGGAUUUCGUAAAGAAGCCAUAUUUAAAGAUAAUCUAGAUGAGUUGGAUGAUUCUCGUGAAGUGGUACAACAGUUGAUUGAUGAAUAUGUUGCGGCCACUAAACCGGAUUACAUCUCUUGGGGCCAGCCGCCAGAAUAAUCAAACCCGAUACCUACUCAAUUAUUAUAUUGUUUGUGUCGCCUUUCUUUUCAUCAGAUGAGAUAUACAGAUGUUAUAAAAUUUCUUCAACUUGCAUGUAAAUAUCACUUUUAUUCGAAGUAUCUUCUGUACUUCUUUCAGUUUACACAUGGAUGUUUGAUUUACCAAAUGUUACUUUUAAAGUCGCAUGUUCAUUUCUUUUAUACUGCAAUAUAAAUGUACCUUUACAUAUUUUCCUGAAGGUGACAUUCUUGUGUAGAGUGGUAUAUUUAAUCCUGUGAAACCAUUCAGUUUAGAUAUUACUGUAAAAUCUGUAUUAGAAGCUGCGACUUCUUUUAAAAUGGUACAAUGCAACAGAGGCAAUGUGGCUUCUACGCAUAAAAGAAACGAUUAAAUUUUGGUUCAAGCUUGCUCAGAAAGACUGGGUGUGGCUUCUAAUAUGGAUGAAGCUUGUAAUGAGUUUAUGAUGUACUACUGCCUUUUCAAUAAAAUAUGUAAAUAUU